AGAACAAAUUUAUAGUAGAUAUUAAUGAAUUAUACGUAACUACCCGGUGACGGAUUGAUUCACAUGUUUGGAGGCUCUAUUCAAAUAGGCCUAAAUUAAUAGCUGCUGAGUCAGACUCGACUAGGUCUUAAAGUUUCCGUUUGGGGGUUCGCCCAUGUUUUAUUAAGAAUUCAAGUAAUUUGUCAACUUAGGACAUAAAAAAGACCCAGGACGAAAUCGAAGAAUGGAAGUAGCAUACGUAAUGUAUGAUUUCCUCUUGCAUGGGAGAAAAAUAUCGGUAGUUAAAACGAUCACAAUUCCGAUCGCGUUGAUCGACCGUCUGCUAAUCCACGAGGAGCAAGGCAUCACAUUGACACUCAGUAUCUGAACGCACUUUGAAGUUGAUCAUUAACUAGGACAGUACUCAGUGAGCUUUUGGCAAGUUCUCUGUAAAAUGUAAAAAUCCCUACACCUACUUAAAGCUAAUGGUAUAGUACAUUGGCGGAACAAGGAUUUAAUAUAUUGAACUGGGGGAAGAAUCAGAAAUUUGUUUCAUUUUGGAGGGAACGUCUUUAUAUCUUCAUAAUCACGGACAAGAUAACAUCGAUUGAAUCUUGAUAACAGAAAGAGGACUCCGUUGGAAAUUUUUAAACAGGAUUUCGAUCACAGAAGUAAAAUGGGUUGUCGAGGUAUGAUUCCCGUUGCUUCGCUGAUAGCAGCUGUCCUGCAAUGUGUUGGAGUAGCAAUGUUCUGUAGUUCGGCGAUCCUUGGAUUUAACGAAUCCCUUCUUCUCCUCGACAGUAACCAAACACUCGCCGAUAUCGCACAUGACAACUAUGUCUACAACAUCGAGAUAGGUGUGUAUGCCUGGACAGCUUUCAUGAUGCUCUGGGCUGUUGGUUUUCUCUUUAGCGCCUUCAUGACCACGGCACAAACUAGCGCAAGGUUCGCCCAUGAGGGCGGUAAUCUAUGCUGCAGUUCAUUAGGAUGUGUUGGAGCGGCACUCUUUUUCAACUACAUUGUCCUGAUAUUAUGGGUCGCUAUUUUGUGUGCCUCAUCUUUACUCUUCACUUUUUCACUGAUGAUUAGUGGUUAUCAGGAUAUCAACAAUGGUGAAACAAGUCCGACUUCAGUUGAUUUUUCAUAUUAUGGUUUAAAGAUUGAUCAAGUAGUAGAAGUUGAAGAACUUCAAGGAAUUAGCGAUGCGAUGAUCCUCUAUUUCUCCCUAACGGUUGGCGGCUCUGCCCUCGUUACAUUUGGUUUAAUCAACUCCAUCGCUUGUAUGUCAAGUAAUUGGAAGCAUCUAAAAGUUGGUGACCAGUGGAAAGGCUACGCACAGAAGAGAAAACAAGAAGAAAGAGAACUUCAUGAGAUGACAUCAUACAAAUCAUCGGAACGGCUCGCAAAUAGUCUUUACUAUUAAUUCAUUUAUCUUGAUGGUGUUAAUUUGGAGUUCAAUUUGGAUAAUUCAUGAUUCAACCUUGUUAUCACAUCAUAUCUUGGUCUAAAAAAAACCAUGAAUAUCGUGAAUCUCAUAGCACUAGUGGACGCGUAGUGGUUCUGACUUUCAACCAGUGGGUCGUGGGUUCGAAUCCUUGCCAUGGCGUGUUUUCCUUCAGCAAGAAAUGUAUUCACACUGUGCUACACUAGACCCUGGUGAGGUGAAUGGGUACCCGGCAGGAUUAAUUCAUUGAAUGCACGAGCGUUGAAAGGCAGCUCGAGCUAAAGCCGGUGUAAUAAUAAUAAUAACAAUGCGCCUCAGACUAGAUUGUUUCUAGAUAGAUGGCGCCAUACAAAUGACUAUUAUUAGUAUUAUUGUUAUUAUCAUUAUUAUUGUUAUUAUUAUUAUCAGCAUAAAUAGUAAUAGCUUAUGACUUGAGCUAUGAAUAGAAAUCUACAUCUUAGGGUUCCUUUAAAAUAAACACAUUAUGCUUUAAUGUAUGAAAUCAAUCUAAUGAGAUUGGAUCUGGGGUUGUAAUUUCCUUUUCGAGCAAUCUGCCUCUUCCUGCAAAAUCUGAAUGAAACAAUAAUAUAUAGGAUUUUUUUUAAAUGAUAUUUUUUAUUACAAAAUAUCUACGACUCACCAAAAUUAUUUAUCAAUUAUUGCGUUUGUAAUGUUUUGACAAAAUGUAUAUGAUACGAAUGAUAUGAAUGCAGGAGAAAACAAUAAAUAAAAAGCAAAUAAAAAAAAUUGAGAUCUUAUAAGAAUGGUAAUACAGUCCAUAUGUUUUUCACCUUAUUUUAAAGAUAUUUUUAUUUUAUUCCACAAUAUCAAUUUACGAAAUAAAAAAGAUUAAGCGUUGCACUUGUGUACAUUUUAACUUUGUGUUAUUUUGAAAAUAACCUCAUUAAAAAUGCAGUUCUUUUCACGCUUUACUAUACAUUAUAUUCGCUAGCAUUUGACUUUAUGCAAUUUUAUAUGUACCAGACUGCAGUGUAAAAUAUAAAAUGUGAGGAUAUGAUUGAAUGUCAGGAUAUCGACACCGAUAAUACUCUAAAAAGUAAAAAUAAGAAAGAAAUCCAUUCUAAAAGGAAAUAUAUGGAUUUUAUAAACGUAAAAUAGUAUUUCGCCAAUGUUCGUAUAAACAAUUAAUAAGACAGUAUUUUUACUUGUAUACGACAAUGCAUUGUACAUAUUAUAUUCACAAUGUAUAUAGCGAGAGAGAUAUAAUGACUUGUAUUUUCUUAUUUAUGAAUAUGAUUUUAUUCAAAAGAUUCAUUAUACUAUAUGCUACUCUGUGAUUUAAUACAUGUAUAAUUAUUUUAUACUUUGCGUCUAUACAAACAUUAAAGAAAAUAAGCAAGUUUGACAAAUUCAUAGGAUCUGGAAAGCGUUGCUUUAGAAAUACUUACAGCAUGUCCUACAAUUAAAAGUUGUUUUGAAUAAAUAAGAAAAUCAAACAAGUUUGACACUUUCAAUUUCAUCAAAAUUGGAUGUGAAAUAAAAACAAAAAACAAGGUUCGCUUAAUUUCACAAAACAGAUUAAGCAAUUUCAUAUUCUAUAUUCCUCCAUACAUCUUCCUACACCUCUCUCUAUCUAUUUCUCUCUCCCUCCCUCACCCCCCCCCCCUCUCUCUCUCUCCCACACACACAUCCUCACACACACACACACCCACACACACACACACACACACACACCCUCACACACACACACACACACACCAUCACACACACCAUCACACACACACAUCCUCACACACACACACAUCCUCCAUCCCUUUUUCUAAGCGUGUAAGCAGCAUAUACUGACCGAUAUAUUUGAAUGUAAAAACACAGUAUAAUGAUAAUGAUAACAAUAAUGAUGCACGUGUAUAUGGGACUUAUUUUAAUGCUCUUUAGAAUGUGCAUUUCUGUUUGUAUGUUAUGUCAUUCAAUGUUUGUAUGACACAUUUCAUAUUAAAAUAUUAAUUGUCGGUAUGAA